AUGACAUCGUCGGCAAAGAGUAUGGUCCGCGGAUGCUGCUUCUGGAUUCCACUUGUUAUCGUCUCCAUGCACAGUAUGGAGUCUGCAGCAGGGGUGAGAGUGAUGAACCCUGAUGAACCCCUACUUGUACAGGGAAUGGCCUGCUUGAGCAAACCGUACAACGCUGGUGCCGCGUGCCAAGGUCGUGACAGCUAUCUUGAAAGGGGUGUUAUCACGACACUGUCUGCGAUGAGCACCUUAAGUGGUUGA